AUGGAGGACGAAACCCUCGCUCUCGAUGGGUUCCCCGUCGCCGCCCAGGACGAGGCGGCGGCGGCGGCGGCGGCGGCGGAGCAGCAGCAGGAGGAGGGCGAGAUCGAGAAGCUGAGAUCGGAGCGCUUCCACCUCCGCAGUGACCUCGACGCGGCCGUCGCCCAGGCGGACAUGCUCCGCGCGGCCGUGGAGGAGCUCCGGGGGACGAAGGUCUCGCUGGGGGCGAAGGUGGAGGAUCUGGAGGGGAAGAUAUCGGCCAUGGAGGCGGAGAAGGAGGAGGAGGCCGCGAGGGUGGCGGCGGAACGGCGGAUGCUGGAGGUUGUCGCGGCGCGGGCGGCGGAGCUGGAAGGGGACGUCUCGCGGCUGCAGCACGAUCUUGUCACGGCGAUGUCGGGGGGUGAGGAGGCGGCUUCGGAGGCAAAGCUGUUGAAAGACACGGUGGAGAAGUUGCAGGGAGUGGCGAUUCAGUCGGAGGCGAGGAUCACGGAGGCCGAGAAGUCCGGGGACGAGCUGAAGAUUUCCAUAGAACGAUUGAAGGGUGAGAAGGAUGCGUUGGAGAUGGAGAAAGUCAAGGCAGAGGCAAAGAUUCUGGUGUUUGAAGGGAAGGUGAAAUCCUUUCAGAAUGAGACGGAGAGGGUCUCAAGUGAGAGGGAAAGUGAGCUGCAUAGGAUGAAGGUUGCGAUCUCGGAGUUAGAGGAGAAGGCGGGGUUUUACGAAUUGAAACUGUUGAAGUUGCGCGAGCUGGAGAAUGGGGACGAGGAUGACGAUGCCGAUGGCGCUGUGCAUACGUUGGCCAAGGGACCUGAGGCAUCUCAUACAAACUUUCCAUGGAAGAUUUUGGUGGGAUCAACAGCGACUAUUGCAGGUGUGACCGUUGUGACGUUUUUUGUGCACUAUGCGAGGAAAAGGUGGGGAUUUUGUGCCAUGGGGAUGUUUUGA